UCUCUCUUCGUAUCAUCCUCAUUCAGUUGUUCAACAUGGCUUCGCUCACCAUUGCUCGUCGCAUUGCCUCUGCUUCGCUCGGCGCGUCUUCUGCUCGUACCUUUGCCUCUGCGGCCACCACUGCAUCGCUCGCUGGCGGACCGGGACCGGCCAAGUUUGUCAAGUUCAACCACACCGACCCGCUCAACAUGGACGGCCUGCUCACCGAGGAGGAGCGCAUGGUCCGCGACAUGGCCAACGAGUACUGCCAGAGCAAGCUGCUGCCGCGCGUCAAGCUCGCCUACCGCCACGAGACAUUCGAUCGCGCCAUCUUCACCGAAAUGGGCAAGCUCGGCAUGCUCGGCGCCACCAUCCAGGGCUACGAGUGCCCCGGCGUCAGCUCGGUCGCGUACGGUCUGAUUGCUCGCGAGGUCGAGCGUGUCGACUCGUCCUACCGCUCCGCCAUGUCUGUGCAGUCGUCGCUCGUCAUGUACCCCAUCUACGCGUACGGCACAGAGGCCCAGCGCAAAAAGUACCUGCCUGGCCUCGCCCGCGGCGAGCUGGUCGGCUGCUUUGGCCUCACCGAGCCCAACCACGGCUCCGAUCCCGGCAGCAUGGAGACCCGCGCCCGCAAGACCCCGCAGGGCAACUACAUUCUCAACGGCGCCAAAAUGUGGAUUACCAACUCGCCGAUCGCAGACGUCUUUGUCGUCUGGGCCAAGACCGUCGAGGACGGCAUCAUCCGCGGCUUUGUGCUCGAGAAGGGCAUGAAGGGCUUGAGCGCCCCCAAGAUUGAGGGCAAGUUCUCGCUCCGCGCCUCGCCCACCGGCGAAAUUGUCAUGCAGGACGUCGAAGUCCCCGCGGAAAACCUGUUGCCCAACGUCGAGGGCCUCAAGGGUCCCUUUGGCUGCUUGACCAACGCCCGCUAUGGCAUUUCCUUUGGUGCCAUGGGCGCUGCCGAGUUUUGCAUGGAAGCUGCUCGCACCUACACGGUUGAUCGCAAGCAAUUCGGCCGCCCCCUCGCGAGCAACCAACUCAUCCAAAAGAAGCUUGCCGACAUGCUGACCGAGAUCAACCUUGGUCUCCUCGCCAGCUUGCAGGUUGGCCGCUUGAAGGAUGCUGGCAAGCUUGCUCCCGAGAUGGUUUCGCUUGUCAAGCGUAACAACUGCGGCAAGGCGCUCGAUAUUGCCCGCGUUGCCCGCGACAUGCUGGGUGGCAACGGCAUCAGCGACGAGUACGGCGUCAUCCGCCACGUUCUCAACCUCGAGGCCGUCAACACGUAUGAAGGCACUCACGACAUUCACGCCUUGAUUCUUGGCCGCGCCAUGACUGGGCUCCAGGCCUUCCAGUAACAACAGACACCACAAACACGCAAAAACACACCAAGCUACUCUUUUGCCCCAUUGUUGGCUGCCUGACUGCCUUUGAAGUUGGCGCUCCAUGAAUUUAUCAACAAAAAAAAAAAUACAAACUUGCAAAUCCGCUUCCUGGAUUCAACGCCAGCUCAGAGAGAAU